AUGUACUUUGAGAAGAUCGGAAAACUACAAUUAAUAGAAUCUACAUGGAAAAUAGUGAUCAAGACUGACGUUAUUAGCAUCAGCCAUCGAUGGCACGCACUACAAGAGUACAUCCAACGAGCGGAAGAAUACUGCAAGAAAACAACAGGAAGCACCAACAGGAUGUGCCAAAACACACUAAUAAUACUACGUAAAGAAAACGCGAAAGGCAUGGCGACGAUGAUACGGCUAAUGUCCAUGUAUGAACACCCUAGAAGCAAACGAGGAUUAAUAAACGCCAUUGGCACUAUAGGAAAAACCUUGUUCGGGACCAUGGACUCCGAAGACGCAAGCAGAAUAGAAGAGCAGAUGAAAAUGCUGCAAAACAAUCAAAGGAUAAAUAACCACGUCAUAAAAAAUCAAUUAAAAAUAAUAAACGGCACAAUAGAACACUUGAAAUCCCUCGAGCAAACACUAAAUUACAACGAAAAUCUACUGGCCAAAAUUGCAAACCAAAUCCGCCAAAAGCAAGCUGAUACCCUACUACGAGAAGAAAUCAAUGAAUACCUAACACUCAUCAAUGCAAUAAUAAUGGAUCUAACCAACGACAUGGAGGACAUCAUCGAAUACCUCACACACACACGGGAUGCAACCAUUAUGACGCACUUACUGCCUGUCGAUCAAAUAAUCCAGGAAUUGGAUGAAGCCACCCUACAGCUGGCAAAAGAAAAGCAUUUCCCUUUCAAGGUAGAACUUGGAAACUGGCGAACCAUCGUAAAAUACGUAAAAACAAGCGCAUAUUUCAACAGUCCCUUCGUAUAUACGAUCCUGAAAUUUCCAAUGAUUACUCAACCAGAGUACGAUAUCGUCAACGUGAUACCACUGCCUGUACACGAGCAUGGCAACGUAUUCACAAUAGCGAAAAUUACACACCCAACAUUGGGAAUUGACAAAGCUGAUCGCCACUACCUCGUGUUAAAAGAACACGAACUAAGCACAUGUGUACAAGAACGUGAUACCUACACGUGCGACCAAGGUCAGCCUAUCUACCAUGUGCAAGAAAAUGCACCUUGCGAAGUGCAAACUUACAUAGAAAUAACUGAUAAAAAAUGCGAAACCCGACACCUUGUAACAAACGAAACUAUCUGGAUAGCUCUAACAGAGCCAAGGGCUUGGAUAUUUUCGACGGCAAAAGAGCAGGAGAUAACAAUAACCUGCACGAAUCAACAAGAAGGAAAGCAUACCCUCAAUCGAUCGGGCAAAAUAACAGUGAAUGCUGGAUGUUCCCUGACCUCAAGACCUUCGUCAUAUUACGAGCACCAGAACAAGAGAUAA